AGAAAAUGGAUCCUAUUUGUGCAAACUCAGUUGAUGAACUCAUCACUGAAUGGUACUCAAGUAACUUCGAUGAACUUGGAACCCUUGGCUUUGAGUUUGGAGAAAUUACCACAAAUUCUGAACAAAAUAUCUUUGCUUUUAGCUUCAAAAUAGGGAAGAGCUCCUUCUUGUUCCUUUACAACAAAGGCUUCUCCUUCCAGACCAAAGAGGAGGAAUACCAAGAAGUCUUUUCUAGAAUAAAUCAUAGAAUUGAAAACUCCUCUAUGAAUGCCAUUGAGUGACUUAGCCACUGUAUCAAGACACUUAAAAACUUCAGAUACAGAAAAGUAGAAGAUGAGUCUGACAAAUUCUGAGAUUCUCGCAUGGAAGAUGACAACGGUGAGGGAGAAGACAUCCCUGGAUGGUCUGAUGAGGAGGAAGAUUUCCAAGACACCUUCAUUGAACCAUAUUCACAAGAGGAAUCAAAGAUAGAUGAUAGAGAUCAAACUAUUUCCAGUAUCAACAAUAUUUUUAAAGCAAGCAUCAAAGUCUCUGAAGCUAACAUUGUUAACAUAUUUUUGAAAUUGGAUAUUUACCAGCACGCCAGAGAUCUUCAAAAGCUUGUUGAAGAAAAUCUCGAUAUGGCUGCUUCUUCUUUUAAAGUUCAGAUCUUUGAGCCAUACUUGAUGAUCAAGUUCAAAGUCGAUCUAAACUACUUGAGCACUUCUCAUACUGCCUAUGAGUCACUUGGAUUCAAGAUGCAAGAGUUGGUUGAAUAUCUGAUAGUAUUUGAUGAAAGCAAACUAUUAUUAUUUGAGAACGAUUCGACAUUUUACUCUAAAAGUCUCAAAGAACUUGUCAGCCUUGGAAUUGUCAAAAUAGAAUUUGCUCAGAAAAGAGAUGACACUGAACACUCCAGAUACAGAUCGUACUUGCAAAUGACCCAGUCAAAAUAUUUUGAGUCUGAAGAAUACAGCCUCAAUGAUUUGGAUGGGCUUCACACAUUUGAUCAUGAUGAAAUCAGCCAAGCAAAGCAGGCAUUAUCAGAAAUGGGCUUUCAAAGCUCAGUUAUUUCGAAAGCAUUGAGAAAGACCAAAUACCAAAUCCAAAAUGCAGUCAACUAUUUGCUUAUGAGAAGCCACAUUGAAGAAGAGACAAAAGAUCAAGAAAGAGACCUUGAAAUUGAAGAUGUUGACCCUAAGUUCAUGCUCUUCAACAAUGUCAGUGAAGGAGAGCUUUUUGUAAACUCUCUGCUCCACUACUACAUGUAUAUUAUCUGAAGUCUUGACAGUGUGCUAGAGCACUGCUGAAUCUGCAGAGACAAGCUUUCAACCAAGUCAACCAAGAUCAGGUGCUGCAACAAAGAACUGUGAGAGUUUUCUUUCGAAGAGUCGGAAGGGAUCUCGAUUGUGCCUGAAAUCAAAAACGAUCUGACCACAUUUUCAUUGGACCUGUCGAUCUUCUCAGAGUGACUAAUGUCUGACCGAGCUGGACAAUGCUUUGAGCCAUUUCCAUCAUUUUUGUUGAAAGACAGAGAGCUGAGAAGCAAAAGAGGGUAUUUAGACAAUGUUCAAAAAGCUAGAAAAGCAGAAAGCAACAAAGAUUUGAAAUUGAUUAGAAAUUUGAUAAAAUGCAUGCCAUCACCUUCAAAAAUUUCAGAAUUAUGUCAGAAUGAUAAUGACCUGCUAACAAUGCUGGAAUCCAAAUUUAAGGAUAAAGGUAAUGGCAAGUCUCUCUACAAGCUUCUACAGUACCUAAUUUGUACCAAUAAAGUGAGCUUCAAGAAGUUGCCUGAUGAGAAGAGGCUAUCUGGCAGAGACGGAAUAGAUGAGUACAUAAUCUACAACCAUGAAGCCAGCAAAGAACAAACUUUCCAAUGAAUCAAAAGGAAGUAUAACUCCAGGUGGACUUAUCAUGGAAGUUCAAUGGAGAACUGGUACAGCAUCCUGAGAAAUGGGCCAAGGAACUUAUCGAAUUCAUCAAUGAUGCUGGAUGGAGCCACAGAAGGAGAAGGAGUGUACUCUUCUCCAUUCUUUCAAGUUUCUAGUGGGUACUCCCGUGCAAGGUAUAUUUAUGAGGCAACAGGAAUAGAUUCCAUUCUUGCUAGCUGGAAACAUUCAAAAGUGGCUUCAAAGUGUAUUGUUGGAGUUUUAGAGUUAAUAGACAAGAAAAAUUAUGAUUUAAACAUUAACAACUGAGGCUUCAUUGUUUGUCCUGAUGAUCACUGAAUCAUGCUCAGGUACAUAUGGGUUUAUGACCAAAAUAAUUUGGUUUACAAUCAUGAAGAGGUAGAUGUCAAGAAAAAUAAUGAAAAAUACAGCAAAGAGUAUUACCAAACAGUAGCUGAAAUACAUGAAGAAGAAUUACAAGAAAGGAAAAAGAGACUUUUAGAAGCUCAUAAUAAAGCCGAAAAGAGAUUCCAGCAAGACGAAGAGGCAAGAAAGGACUCAGAGCUAAUUAUGAAACAGAGCCAAGAGAGCUAUAAUAAAGGAUAUUUAAAGAUAAACCAGCCAGGAGAAUAAUCAGC